GGCGGCGGGCGGGAGUGGCUUCCGCAAGCAGCGACUGGCCACGAACAGUGAGACGGUGGAGCUCGACAGGUCUGGGGCGGGCACAGCCAAUGCGGUGCUGUCGACGACACACGCCAUCAACGCCGAGGACAUCAUCCCCGAUGUGGUGGAGGAGCAGGUGCAUGGAAGCGGGCACGGCUUCAACGCCUUCGACGCGACAGCGCACCACUACCAGCGGCAACGACAACAACGGCAGAAACAGCCGCGGAACAGGGCGACGGGCGCGAGAGGACGUACGGGGCAAAGCGAUGCCACCACCAAUGCGCCAACAACAACAACAACAACAGUACCAGCAGCAGCAGCAGCGAGAGAAUGGGGAGGCAACGCAGCUGCUGCACCGCCUACCGUUGCGCGUCGCAAAAAGGCAAGAGAUGACCCAGUUAACAUCUUUGACUUGGAUGCCCUUUUUUAA